GUUCAGCUGCUCCAGCUGUCGGUCUCCCCACUCACUCUCUCAGGGUCACUCAGGCAGGAGUUUAAGGGACCACUUCUGAACAGGACGACCGCCGCCAGCAGCAGCACGACCCACCAGCUCACAGAGGGAGACAGAGACAGAGACAGAGACGGGCCGUCCGGAAAGAUUCAUCUAUCCCACUCCACGGCUGCUCCGACACUCACAGAGUCAGCUGUGCCCCUCAUCUUUAAAGCAGCUGCUACCUGUCUGAUCACUGUGUGUGCGUGGGCGCGUGGGUGUGCAUGUCGUGUUGCUCUCCCUUCUUCCACAAAUUAGCGUUUUAGUAUGCAGGGUGUUUGUGUGUCAGUCUUGUGCGUAUGCAUAUGUGUGUCUGUGCUCCUCCACAGUGCUAUUUCACAGCCGCUCACAGAAAGUCACACCUACACGGAAUGCACAGAUGGGUAUCACUGGGACCCUCAAACAGAGCACUGCAAAGACGUAAACGAGUGCGAGACCAUCCCAGAUGCCUGCAAAGGGGAAAUGAAGUGCUUCAACCACUAUGGAGGCUACCUGUGCCUUCCCCGCUCUGCGUCAGUCAUCCCAGCCCCAGAACCCCCCAUCACGCCCACUGUGACCAAUCCCUGCCCCCUGGGAUACGAGCCUCAGGGAGACAGCUGUGUGGACAUAGACGAGUGCGAGCGAGACGAGCAUGACUGCCAGCCCAGUCAGCAGUGCAUCAACUCACUGGGUGCCUUUACCUGCCAGUGUCCUGACGGGUACCGCAAGGUCGGCACAGAGUGCAUCGACAUCGAUGAGUGCAGGUACAGGUACUGCCAACAUCGCUGCGUAAAUGUGCCCGGAUCCUUCUCCUGUCAGUGUGAGCCUGGUUUCCAGCUGGCAGGAAAUAACAGAUCCUGCAUCGAUGUGAAUGAAUGUGAUAUGGGUGCCCCCUGCUCUCAGAAGUGUUACAACACAUAUGGCACCUUCCUGUGCCGCUGUGAUCAGGGCUAUGAGCUGGGGCCUGAUGGCUUUGCAUGCAAUGAUAUUGAUGAGUGCAGCUACUCCAGCUACCUGUGCCAGUACCAGUGUGUCAAUGAGCCUGGGAAGUUCUCCUGCGUGUGCCCCGAAGGGUACCAGCUGCUCGGCUCCAGACUUUGCCAGGAUAUAAAUGAAUGUGAAACAGGCGAGCAUCAGUGCACAGAAACACAGACCUGUGUGAACAUCCACGGACGGUACCAGUGUGUGGACACAAACCGCUGCCAGGAUCCUUACGUACAAGUGUCUGAGAACCGAUGUGUGUGUCCUGUCAACAAGCCGGCCUGUCGAGAGCUGCCUUUCUCCAUCGUCCAUCGCUACAUGAGCAUCACUUCAGAGCGCUCUGUUCCCUCAGACAUCUUCCAGAUUCAGGCCACCAGCGUCUCUCCUGGGGCUUAUAACACCUUCCGUAUCCGCUCUGGUGACGAAAACGGAGACUUCUACAUCAGACAAAUCAAUAACAUCAGCGCCAUGCUGGUCCUUGCCCGCGCCGUCUCCGGGCCCAGAGAGUACACGUUGGACCUGGAGAUGGUGUCCAUCAACCCUCUGCUCAGCUACCAGGGCAGCUACCAGACCAGCUCCGCCCUCAGACUCUCCAUCUACGUGGGGCCGUACACCUUUUAAAGACGAAGAAGAAGAGAGGAGGAAGAGAGAGAGUGGGGGAGAAACUACGAAGCAGAAGGGUAAAAAUGAAGCUGUAAAACAAAAUGCAAGCUCAACCAGUCACUGUGAUGUCACACUCUUUGCUUUUUGUAUUACCAAAGAAAGCCACACAUUUCAGUCAGCCCAUUUCGUUAUUAGUAAUAUGCACACAGUCAAUGCACAGACAUUGUAGAUCAGAUCAAUAACAGCCUUAAACCAUUACUUGUGUGUUCUUUGUGUUUAAUGUGUUUAUUUUUAUUAGGAUUUCAUGUUUUCGUCUUGCCAGCUUCACUCUGGGGUCAGUGUGUAUAAAAUAGGAUGGUCUUUUGUUCUCUGUUCUGGAUGAUAUCAAAUUUGUGUAUCAUAUUUUAAUGUCUGCCUUAAGGGGGGAUGAUUCAUGCCCAGGUCCACUACACUUACUCAUUUUUUACCAGUUUACUUCCUGAUCUUUUUUACGCUCUGUUGGUCACUUUCACUCCCAUCGCCUGGUUUUCUGUACAGUAACCACUCAGAUCAGACCUCAGCCCCCUCUCCUUCUUCACCCCCCACUGUUCACUCCUUUGUUUGAGCUCUCCAUCGGCGCCAUUUUGUAGGUUUGUCACGUUGCUGAUUGUGUGUGUGUUUUUUUUAAAGAUUUAAAGCCAAAUAAAACAACAUACCUUUUAAAA